UCUCGGGGGCGUGCACGUCGCUCCCCGCCCUCCCGCCACCGCCCGCCCUCGCCCGCUCGCACUCCCGAGCCCGCCGCCCUCCGUCGGUUCUCUCUGUAGUCCGCCUUCGCCCCCGGAGCUGUCGCCCUAGUCUCUGAGCUUGCGACUCGCGGACAGGCGUCCUCGGCGUGAAGAGGCCGGACUCGGGGGUCGUCGCCGAGCCUUUCAUCUGAGAAGUUCAAGGUACUUUGUACAAGUUUGCUACACAGGCUGUGCGUUUUGCAGUACAUUUGUAAGCAAUGGCUGCCAUCCGAAAGAAACUGGUGAUUGUUGGUGAUGGAGCUUGUGGUAAGACAUGCUUGCUCAUAGUCUUCAGCAAGGACCAGUUCCCGGAAGUAUAUGUUCCCACGGUGUUUGAGAACUACGUGGCAGAUAUUGAAGUGGAUGGAAAGCAGGUAGAGCUGGCUUUGUGGGACACGGCUGGACAGGAAGAUUACGAUCGCCUGAGGCCUCUCUCCUACCCAGACACCGAUGUUAUACUGAUGUGUUUCUCCAUUGACAGCCCUGAUAGUUUAGAAAACAUCCCAGAAAAGUGGACCCCAGAAGUGAAGCAUUUCUGUCCCAAUGUACCCAUUAUCCUGGUUGGGAACAAGAAGGAUCUUCGGAAUGAUGAGCACACAAGACGGGAAUUAGCCAAGAUGAAGCAGGAGCCAGUAAAACCUGAAGAAGGCAGAGAUAUGGCAAACAGGAUUGGCGCUUUCGGGUACAUGGAGUGUUCAGCGAAGACCAAAGAUGGAGUGAGAGAGGUGUUUGAAAUGGCCACGAGAGCGGCUCUGCAGGCCAGGCGUGGGAAGAAAAAAUCCGGGUGCCUUGUCUUGUGAGCCCCUGCUGCGAGCACAGCCCCCAUGCGGUUAACUUUGAAGUGCUGUUUAUUAAUCUUAGUGUAUGAUUACUGGCCUUUUUCAUUUAUCUAUAAUUUACCUAAGAUUACAAAUCAGAAGUCAUCUUGCUACCAGUAUUUAGAAGCCAGCAGUGAUUAUUAAUGAUGUCCAACCCAUCUGACCUGCCAGGAUCCUUCCGACACCGCUCUAACGGCCCUUUCUGCACUCCCCUGACACACCAGGCGCUAACUCAAGAAUUUCUUAACUUCUUGCUUCUUUCUAGAAAGAGACAGUCGGUAACUUUUGUGAAUUAGGCUGUAACUACUUCCUAACUAACACGUCCUGCCUCUCUGGCCCGUCAGCUGCAGGGAGUUCUGACGAGUCCCCGCCGCAGAGCCUCCCUCCUCAUGGAGCUCCUUGGCGUAGCUCUGGGGCCACAUCCAGUUUUUUUGAAAACAUGCUCAGCCAGAAGCCCCAGGUCCGUGCAGCUGUGGCAGAGUUACAGUUCUGUGGUUUCAUGUUAGUUACCUUAUAGUUACCAUGUAAUUAGUGCCACUUAAUGUAUGUUACCAAAAAUAAAUAUAUCUACCCCAGACUAGAUGUAGUAUUUUUUGUAUAAUUGGAUUUCCUAAUACUGAUAUUUGUCAUCCCCACAGAGAAUGUAUUGGUUUUUUUUAAACAAAGUGUAUUUGGAAAUAAAGUCAGAUGGAAAAUUCAUUUUUAAAAAUUCCCGUUUUGUCACUUUCUCUGAUACAAGAAGGCUGUCGCCCCUUUUUGGCUCUACGUAUCCCAGCGCCCCUCUCCAGAACUGGGGUAGUAACGAGGAAUUUGGCUCGAAGAUGGCAAAGCCCUUCUCCCGUGGGCUGCAGGGCCUGGCUCUAGUUCACAGCGCUCCUUCCCACCUACUGAGGCGCCCCGAGAAGCCAUCAGUUCUCAGGGACGGUACUCGGUUUUUCUCUCCUCUCCAGCUGACUAAACUUUUUUUCUGUACCAGUUAAUUUUUCCAACUAAUAGAAUAAAGGCAGUUUUCUAAA